GCGGACGUAGGCGGGCGGAGGCGGGGCCAAGAGCGCAGCGUCGGAGCCCUGACUGACAGCGCGGCGCCAUGGCCGCGGGCCCGCGCGCCAAGGCCGCCACUCUGGACCUGAGACACCGGCUGCUCAGCUCUUCCUGCAGACUCUUUUUUCCUGAGGAUCCUGUUAAGAUUGUCCGAGGCCAAGGGCAGUACCUGUACGAUGAGCAAGGGCGAGAGUUCCUGGACUGUAUCAACAAUGUGGCUCAUGUCGGGCACUGCCACCCUAUCGUGGUCCGAGCCGCACAUGAACAGAACCGGGUGCUCAACACCAACAGCCGAUAUCUGCACGACAGCAUCGUGGACUAUGCCCAGAGGUUGUCAGAGACCCUGCCGGAGAAGCUCUCAGUGUUUUAUUUCCUGAAUUCUGGGUCAGAAGCCAAUGACCUGGCCUUGAGAUUGGCUCGCCAGUAUACAGGACACCAGGACGUGCUGGUGUUAGACCAUGCUUAUCACGGUCACCUGAGCUCCUUAAUCGACAUCAGCCCCUACAAGUUCCGGGACCUGGAUGGCCAGAAGGAAUGGGUCCAUGUGGCUCCUCUCCCAGACACCUACCGGGGCCCUUACCGGGAGGACCACCCCAAUCCAGCAGAGGCCUACGCCAACGAGGUGAAGCACGUAAUCAGUAGUGCACAGAAGAAAGGCAGGAAGAUCGCAGCCUUCUUCGCCGAGUCUCUGCCCAGUGUUGGUGGGCAGAUCAUUCCCCCGGCUGGCUACUUCUCCCAGGCGGCACAGCACAUACGCAGGGCCGGAGGGCUCUUUGUGGCAGAUGAGAUCCAGGUUGGCUUUGGCAGAGUAGGCAAGCACUUUUGGGCCUUCCAGCUGGAGGGGGAAGACUUUGUCCCCGACAUCGUCACCAUGGGCAAGUCCAUCGGCAAUGGUCACCCUGUUGCCUGCGUGGCCACUACCCAAGCUGUGUCGAGGGCAUUUGAAGCCACAGGUGUAGAAUACUUCAACACGUUUGGUGGCAACCCAGUGUCCUGUGCUGUGGGUCUAGCAGUCCUGGAUGUAUUGAAAACAGAACAGCUCCAGGCUCAUGCCACUAAAGUGGGCAGUUUCUUAAUGGAGCACCUCAGCCAGCAGAAAGCCAAGCACCCUAUCAUUGGAGAUAUCAGGGGCACUGGGCUCUUUAUUGGUGUGGAUCUGAUCAAAGAUGAGACCCUGAGGACACCAGCAACUGAAGAGGCAGAAUAUUUGGUCUCCAGGCUGAAGGAGAACUACAUUUUACUGAGCACUGAUGGCCCUGGUAAGAAUGUCCUCAAGUUCAAGCCUCCAAUGUGCUUCAGCCUGGACAAUGCACAACAUGUGGUAGCAAAGUUGGAUGACAUUCUAACAGACAUGGAAGAAAAAGUAAGAAGCUGUGAAACACUGAGGAUCCAGCCCAGCUCAGUCAAGCACCCUCCAGGUAAUCAGGACUCACUUGUGUUUGGCCCCACCUCCAUCAGCAGAUCCCAAACACUUCAACUUGUAUUUGCUAGAUAGAAACUAAGGAUGUGGAGCAUACUAUGUGACAAGAUGUUCUCUAGAUAUGAAGACUAUGGGCACAAAAUGGUAGCUGAAAAGAUGGAGUGGGAAAACAGGUAAAGGACCCCUGCUACAGGAGACCCUAGUCCCAGAGCAUCUGGCACCUCCAACACUGGGCAAGGUCUCACAGAGCAUCCCACACUCACCCAGGCUUGGGGGUUUUUUAAUUUUUAUUUCAAAAGCUUGGAUAGCUUCAAUAUCCAGGUCGUGGCAAAAUCAGGACACGUGUAAAAUACCUUACAAUACAUUAGAUUCCCAAAAGGUACCAAAAAGUACAGUAAAAUUAACACUUCCAUUACUGGAAA